ACUGAGGCCCAGAAGGGAAAGCCUUCUUCAGAGAUCUAAGCCAGCUGCCCUGCUUCAACUGCAAGAAGAGCAAAAAGCUGGAGAGAGCUGCAUGUAAACCCUUCUGGAUGCACAGCGGAGAGCAGAUCAGACGGUCCUAGCAUGAGAAACAAACUGAUCUUUGCAGGAUUUGCUUUACUCAAGACUUCCAGGCCUUAAAGGUCACUCUCUGCCCUGAGAGGGGUGUGUGUGGGGUGGGGGGGCUACUCAGGAACACUGACCUCUAAGGUUAAGUGGAAUCAGUUUGUGUGUAGAGAGAAGGGGAGGAGGGGGAAGUUUGUGGGAGGUGGGAGGCCACGGCAGGGCUCCUGCACUUCUCAAGAAGGAGACGAAGCAGUUGUCAAGAAGCAGUGGAAAAGGAGGAGAUGGCGACGGGAGGAAUCACAGCACUUCCCGCCGUACCUGAAGACAGCAGCAGCACCGGCUUUCCUCCUGGGAACUUCAAGGACCCCAAGAGGCUGUACUGUAAAAAUGGGGGCUAUUUCCUGAGGAUUAAACCCGACGGGGGUGUGGAUGGAAUCCGGGAGAAAAACGACCCCCACAUUAAGCUUCAGCUGCAGGCGACCUCGGUGGGGGAGGUCGUCAUCAAAGGAAUUUGUGCAAACCGUUAUCUGGCGAUGAACAGAGAUGGACGGCUGUUUGGUGCGAGACGACCAACAGACGAGUCCUACUUCCUAGAAAGGCUCGAGAGCAACAACUACAACACCUACCGCUCCAGGAAGUACCCCAGCAUGUACGUGGCGCUGAAGAGGACCGGCCAGUACAAGUCCGGAAACAAAACCGGACCGGGUCAGAAGGCCAUUCUCUUUCUGCCGAUGUCAGCAAAGCGCUAAGCCAGGAAUCGGAGCAACAGAGACAGAGGCGUCUUUGUGAAGGCAAUGACCUGUGAUGCAUUGACAUUGCCUAAAAGAGCUGUGACGAUUUGACUCUUUUCUCCUGAACAUAUUGAAUAUUAUUCAACUUUACCUUCAAACAGUGCCACAUAUUUAAAAGUAUAACUCCAGGACUACUCUACAGCAAGGUGUCGUAAAGUAACUAGAGGCAAACGCAGUAAAAUCUAUAUUUAAUGUUGCAGGAACAUUUCCAUAAUGUUUGAUAGAUAAAAAUGAGCUUUUAAAGCUUUCUAUUAUCUCUGUAAGAUAGAUUAGUGCAAAAUCAGACUCAGUUAAACUGAUUUAGACUUUAAAAAGGCAAGUAUCAAAUCAAAAAGGGGGUGUGUGAUAAAUAAUGCAUUUUAUAUCAGCCAUGGAAGGAAAACUUAUCCUGAGACACUAAGAACCUCCAGUAUGAACACAUGUUUUAACGGUCCGGUCUCUAAAUGGGAUCAAUACUGGACCAUAAAACACUAACUGAGCUCUAUGAAUGAACAGGGAGCUGUCUGUGGUACAGCUGAUAAAACAUCCCAGAGUAAACGGCGGGCAGCUCC